AUGCGUCAACUUAAAGGUAAAGUCAAAGAAACUCGUAAGGAAAAGAAGGAGAGGAAACUGGAAAACUUAGCAAUACAAAGUAAAAUGAAAACUGUGGUUCUGCCGACACUGGGUGUUAUAGCUUUGCUCAUUGCGGCUUUUGUUUAUGCCAAAACUCGUCCUGUUAUAGUGGAAACAUAAGUUGUUCUGUGUUGAGUUUCUACACAU